CCAGAAGUGACUGCGCUGUUCUAACACGUGGGUUAGGCAGUAGCAGCCGGAGAGCAGCAUGGGGAAGGAUAAGACUAAGAACCAGAAGAAGUUACGAGCGGCGGCCGUUCACAAUGCCGAGGAGGAGUACUCCGGUGUCCCGCACUCCUUUGUCUUCCAUCGCGGGCAGAUUGGGAAGAACGUACAGCAGCUGAUCCAGGAUGUGAGGAGAGCCAUGGAGCCAUUCACCGCCAGCUCUCUGAAGGUUCGCAAGAAUAACAGCAUGAAAGAUUUUGUGGCGGUGGCCGGUCCCCUCGGAGUCACCCACUUCCUAAUCUUCACUAAAACGGAGGCAAACAUCAACUUUAAAUUUGUCCGUUUGCCAAGAGGCCCCACGCUGCACUUCAGAGUGAUGCAGUAUUCCUUGGUGAAGGACGUGGUCUCCACCCUGAAGAAGCAUCGCAUGCACGAGCAGCAGUUUUCCUUUCCUCCUCUCCUGGUUCUCAAUAAUUUCGGCACACAGGGAAUGCAUAUCAAGGUCAUGGCUACCAUGUUCCAGAACAUGUUCCCCUCCAUCAAUGUGCACAAGGUCAACCUAAACACCAUCCGCAGAUGUAUCCUCAUUAACUACAUCGAUGACACCCAACUGCUGGAGUUCAGGCAUUACAGUGUGAAGGUGGUACCAGUUGGAAUGAGCAAGGGGAUGAAGAAGCUUCUCCAGGAGAAAUUUCCAAACAUGAGCCGUUGGGAGGACAUCAGUGAAUUACUGGUCAAAGGAGCCAACCUCUCUGAGAGCGAGGCCGAGCAAGAUGGAGAAGAUAACAUCACAGAGCUGCCCCAGAUUUACGCCGGACGUGGCAACAUGAAGUCUCAGCAAAGUGCCGUGCGUCUGACAGAGAUCGGCCCCAGGAUGACUCUACAGUUGGUUAAGAUUGAGGAGGGUCUGAAUGACGGCAACGUUUUAUACCACAAUUUCAUUGAAAAGACAGAGGACGAGAUCAAGGCCAUGUUGGAUCGUAAAGAGAAGAAACUGAAAGCGAAGAGCGAGCGGAGGAAAAAACAGGAGAAGGAUGUCCAGCUCAAGAAAGAGAUGAAAGAGGAUAAUAAGAAGCGCAGCUUGGCUGGCAUGAAACGGAAGCAACCAGAGGAUGAGGACAGUGAAGUGGAGGACCCUGGAGCUUCUUGUGAGCAGGAUGCAGCAGAGGUGUCCGAAGAUGACGACGCAGAGUAUUACAGACAGACGGUCGGAGAGGAACCAGACAAAGAUCUCUUCCUUCAGGGCAGUGGAAAAAGGUCAUUACCAAGAUGGAAAUCCAGACCACCCCAGAAGAAAUUUAAAAAAUCUCAAGGAGCCAUGAAACAGAGCAAGGCUUCCCCGUCCUCCACCGGACAUCACAAGGCCAAGUUCUCCUUGCACAAAGGAUCUAAAAGUCCCAAAGGACAUUCAGACAGACCUACUAAAAAAGGACAGAAAUCCUUUACAAACCCGAAGGGCUGGUCCCCAAAUAAACACCCCACCGGCAAGGGGAAGAAAAAGCAGAUGGGAUCCAAGAGGCCCGGAGCAUUUGGCUCUAGAGGCCCAAAGAGGGGGCAAAAGGGCAAGUUUACUGGAGGACAAAAAACAGGGGGUCCGAAGGGGAAAGCCUUCAAACAUAAGAAAAAGUCACCAUAAGAGGGCGCCACCACGAACGUUCCCUGUAAAUAGGUUUAAUUAUAACAGCAGCUGCUUUUUUACAACUGUGCCUUCAAAUAAAAUGGAUUAUUUUCCUCUCUAUGUACCCUCGUACUCGCUAACUGUCCCGAACAGGACCUCCGAGGUGGGGUUUAUGUUAAAUUGACGUUUAACCAGAGAGACGGAGCAGGGUGACUGUAUAUAAUGGUGACCUGCUGAGGGAGAUUUAUCAGAAGUGAAGCAUCUGCAUAUCCUGUGGUCUGCUGGAAGUUGUAGUUUCACAGUAGUUGGAGACCAUAGGUACUUUCUUGCAAUAUAAUUUCAUAGAGAAUGGUUUAACUAGCAGAUUUCUAAAUCACUUCAUUUAAAAACUAUGCCUGCUUCCACCUGAAAAAAAUCUGUAAAGUUAUGGCUACUAGGGGUCUCACUUCCACCUUAUUUGCAGUCCAUUGCUUGUUAGGCAAGAUCCGUCUCUAGUAACACACUGAAGACGGCUGAGAGGUAGGGGAGAGUAUCAGAGCUAGAUGAA